UUUUUUCCUUUUUCGUUUUAGUAUAAUCUAAGCAUUAUUCGUAUCUUACAGCAGGAAGAAUAAAAACCGUUUUGAAGAAGGCGACUGUAAAAAAAUGCCUUUGGUCAUCUUUGGUGACGGUUUAAAGAAUAAGGGCCAUGUUAGGUUUAAAGGUCUUAGGCAUGGUGUCUCGAACAAAAUCUACAGGCAAUUGAAGCACAGAGAGGGUCUUGGAGAAUUGUUACUUCUCGAUAUCAACGAAUUCAAGACCUCCAAGACCUGCAACUCUUGCUUAAGCCAAGAGCUUCAGAAUCUAAAAUGUGGAGAAGGUGGUAAUGUCAAAAAAAUCCAUCAAGUAUUAAAGUGCAACACUUGUAAUAUUUUUUGGAAUCAUGAUGUAAUGGCCGCCAAAAACAUGCUUCUCAUUGCAUAUUGUGUUUGGAAUGGUCAAGGUCGACCCAAUGUCUUCAAAAGACAAUUCACCACCUCCAAUGUGGUUGCCUCGUUUCACUCUGGUGGGGUGUAA